GGUAAAUGGUCUCUGAAAUACCCUGGAGCUGUCCAAAUUGCGUUAUUGUGCUCGUGCCGCUUGAGAAGAUACAUUUGUACGUUAAUGAACGGUUUUACGCAUACGUGUGGUAGUUUUGGAUUUACCGGUCUUUGGUUGACGUUUUUUCAACUAUAAAAAGUGAAGAACACGCGUAAUCCACGGUCAGUUGGAUUUCUGAGUGUCUAUACAUCAUCAUAACUGUCAGGAACGAUUUUUGAGCGUAAAUAUAACGGAGAUUUUUUUUAAUCUUUAAAAAUUGAGAAUGGACUCGCGUUAUUUUUUUGCUAUCUGUGCACUUUUUUGCAUCGGGUCAGUACGCUGUAAUGAUCUUAUUGUAUUCCCCGAUCAGAUAAUUACAAACGUAAAUACAGAGACAGGUGCGAGGUUCAAUGGCGAUACCAGUGGAUUUCGUAAGGCGAAUGGUUUUGGAAGUGGUUCGUAUGGUACCUCAAAACCUGGAGGCCAGGGCUAUCAUCAGCAGCAUAAUGACGGCUUUCGAUCGUAUGAAGGGGGCUACGAUGGCCCCCAGAACUCUUGGGGAAGACCGGGUGCCUCUAAAAGAGUAAAGCCGGGAUUUCCAGAUUUGGGCCCGGGCUAUUCAAACGCAAACGCCCAGAGUAAUUCACAAUCCUCGAACGGACACUCCAGCAGUAAUUCGCAAGCUAGUGCACAAACCAACGGUGGAUAUCAGCAACCAGCUUAUCACCCAUCAAAUGGGCAUCCAGACCGAGGAUUUCCAGCUCCAAGUGGAGGAUCUCAAUCAAGUGCCAAUAGUAAUGCUCACGCCUCAAACGGCCAUUCAAUCAGCAACUCCCAGGCGAAUGCUCAAUCUCAAGGACAUGGACGGUACAACCCAUCUUAUCAUCCAUCCAACGGCUACCCUGGUUACCCCUCUGGUGGAAGAUCUCAGUCGAAUGCUCAGGGACAGUCUCAGGCCUCGGACGGCUUCUCCAGCAGUAAUUCAAAUUCAAAUUCAAUAUCCCUGGGGACCGGAGGUGGGGCGUCGAGUGCAUCCUCUGCAGCAUCAGCAACGACGGGAAUUAUCAACGGUCGGCCAGUGGCAGCCGCUGCUGCAAGUGCAGCAGCUGCCAGUGCAGGCGGUGCUCGAGGCGCCGGCACUUCCUCUGCCUCAUCGUCAUCAUCAUCAUCAUCGGGAAACUAUGAUAAGACUCCUUGGUUCUACAGAAGUCGAUCUGCCACUGAUGACACGAAUGAAACCGCCGCUGAUGAUAACAAAGAUAAAAUUAUCUUCGAAAAUUGAAAAUUAGUUUUUAUGUUAAUACCGUUAUGUCGAACAAAGAAUAAUUAUUCAUGAAAUUACGUUUUGCUAUUUAUUAAAACCUGAGGGAAGUGGCAUUAAUCAGUACAUUGAUGGUAAAUUGAAAUUCGUGAAGCGGAAAACAUUCAAUUCUCCGACUGACAAAUUAAUUGAAAAUUGGGAAAUCCAAUUGCGAGUCUAAACGGCUUCCGAAAGUUAUCGCACAAUCGUCUGACAUCAAUCACUGUAAAUAACUGUUAAUUAAUUAUUCAUGAGAUCUGGGCCGCUUGUAAAAAUAGAUUUAGCGAAGUGGAAUCAAAUUAUGCGUUAUCUCCUUAAUUUCUUCCUGGCAGUCCAUCCCGAGUACUU